ACAAUGUGGGCGUUAGGAACAGCUAAACUCUUUGCUGUUUUGUUUUGUAUGGUGUUUGCGAAUGAUCGCUACCAUCCAGAACCACGUGGGCCUAGAGCUUCCUUUGUACCACAAUCUGAAUUUGCACGUCAGUAUUGGGAGAAUGAUGCCCAGGAAGCAAUAAGAAAACUAAAACACUCUGGAUACGGCCGUAGCGUUGGGAAGGCUCGUAAUGUAGUGAUGUUUCUUGGUGACGGCAUGUCAAUCCCUACUGUAAACGCUGCACGAGCUUUACUUGGACAGAGAAAUAAUAAAACAGGAGAAGAGGCACAGCUUUCUUUUGAAGCAUUUCCUACAGUCGGAAUGUCAAAGACAUAUUGUGUUAAUGCUCAAGUAGCUGAUUCAGCCUGUUCCGCGACUGCCUACUUGUGUGGAGUAAAAGCUAAUUCCGGCACUUUAGGAGUUACCGCUGCAGUUCCACGUCGCGACUGUCAAGCAUCAUUGACUUCUUCUGUACAAUUGGAUUCCAUUGCUGCUUGGGCUCUUGCUGAUGGGAGAGAUGCCGGUAUAGUAACUACUACUAGAGUAACGCAUGCAUCUCCCGCUGGAUCUUACGCAAAUACAGCUAAUCGCAAUUGGGAAAAUAACGCCCAAGUAAUCCAAGAUGGCCACGAUUCUGAACUUUGUCGAGAUAUUGCGUAUCAACUAAUUCAUUCUGAGCCAGGGAAAAAUUUCAAGGUUAUUUUAGGAGGAGGACGUCGUGAAUUUUUACCGUUGGGUAUUCUUGAUGAAGAAGGGACUGCGGGUAGAAGGUCUGAUAAUAGAAAUUUAAUUCAAGAAUGGCAAACAGAUAAAGCAAAUCGAAAUGUCAGCUUUAAGUAUAUUUGGAAUAAAGAACAAUUAAAUUCAGCAAAUUCAGAUCUCCCAGAAUACUUGUUAGGGUUGUUUGAGGGAUCACAUCUUCAAUACAAUUUGGAGGCCAACAAAACCACGGAACCAACAUUAACAGAACUAACAGAAACAGCGAUUAAAAUGUUAAGUCGUAAUGAAAAGGGCUUUUUCUUAUUUGUUGAAGGUGGACGAAUUGAUCAUGCCCAUCAUGACAACAUGGUGGAACUAGCUUUAGACGAAACUUUAGAAUUUCAUUCUGCGGUAGCAAAGGCAACCGAAAUGUUAUCUGAAGAAGAUUCACUCAUUGUAGUGACUGCUGACCAUGCCCAUGUUAUGGCAUACAAUGGCUACUCCACUAGAGGUCGUGACAUUUUAGGUCCCUCGAAUAAUGUAGAUAAAGACGGCAGACCUUUUAUGACUCUCUCUUAUAUUAAUGGACCUGGAUUUCGUUCUCAUGAAAAUGGAGCAAGAGCUGACGUUACCGAGGAGCCUACUUUUAGGUCAGUAAGGUGGCAAUCGCACGUGGAUGUCCCUCUAGACUCAGAGACUCACGGCGGUGAUGACGUAGCUGUGUACGCUCGUGGUCCAAAUCAUCAGCUUUUCUCUGGCGUGUAUGAGCAGAGUCACUUGCCUCACCGCAUGGCCUACAUUUCAUGUAUCGGCCGAGGUCAACACGCUUGUAAUGGGGCAACUGUGCUUGCACCAUACGUUAUUACAGUUAUUGUAUCUUUAGUAACCAUUAUAAGAUCUGUGUAUUAAAGAGAAAAAUGAGGUUUUAAAUAA